CUGCCAUUCACCGCCGAGCUGUAUAGCGGAUAAGUCGCAUAUCAGUACAAAAUAAGUGCAACGUAACGGUGUGCAAUUCCAUAUAUCCAAAAGGCAAACGUAGCAGAAAAAAUUUCUCAUAAACAAAACACAGUUGCUCAUUUCACGCUGUAAAUCAGUUUAUUUAUUAUAAAUCGCGUUGGCACCUGAAAACAGUUAUCGCCCAACUGGCGGACAGUAUUGUAAAUCCAAACCUAAUUGGUCUAUAAUUAAACUUAUCGCUGCGUUAAUUGCACGUUUUUGAUCUUGAACGGAAAGUGAGAGUUACGUGCGUCUAGAUAGGAAGGCAUGGAAAAUCACAAAUUUCCGCUAGACGCUAGUAAAAAUGGUUGAAAAAGUCGGCUUACACGUGUAAUCAAUACAGACAAUUAUGUCAUAAAAACUGUCUAAUUAAUAUACCCAAUAAUUGCAGUAUUGGGUAAUGAAUCUAAUCUAUUGGAAAAUAUAUGAUGAGCGCUUAUUGACAUUGCCAAGCAAAUGUGAGAAGAGCAACACAUUGAUAAUCAGCAAAUAAUCUUUCGGAAAAUUUUUUAUAGCAAAUGGCGAUUAAAAAAAUUCGCAAUGUAAUAAUCUGGUGAAAAGUGUUACUUGGCGGUUAAAUUUUGAAUUUCAAAAGCUAAGCCGUAAAAAAAACCACGAGAGCAUAAAAGCUUUAAAGCAACCCCUUAUAAAAUAUAGGGGAACAGCAUUAUUUAACAGCGCAGAAGAGAGAGCGAGUGCGCAGAGCAAAAAUGAGCGCCACAGAGGCACACUCCCAAAAUGCGGCACAAAGACGGAAUAGUCAGACCAGCGAAAUUAGCGCUGCCAGCAUUGUUGGCGAGCAGCAGGUCGAAGGGGCGGGUCGCAAUGCUUGCCAGUGGGCGUGGGCCGUGGUCAAAUCUAUUUCCGUGGAGCCCACAAUGUUCCUGUACAUGUUCGCCUUCAUGAUCACCUCGGUGGUGGAGCAGAAUUUCUUCCUGUACAAGUCCUGCCGCGUGAAUAAUAAUUUCACGGAGGAGAUCUGCCGGAAUCUGAACAAAGCGGGGAACGAGUAUUUCAAGAACAAGUCCCUGCUGACCAAUGCCUGGUUCCUCCAGUGGGAGAACAUCUCAGCGCACAUCUUCCCAAUCAUUUUGGCCCUCUUUCUGGGCUCCUUCUCGGAUCGGCGGGGCAGAAAGCUGCCACUGCUCAUGGGACUGGUGGGAAAGUUUAUCUAUUCCACGAUGAUUGUGGUCAAUGCCAGGAUGCCCACAUGGCCGGUGCAAAACAUCAUCUUCUCCGCCACCUUGCCGUCGGCCUUGACUGGUGCGGAUGUGGCCAUUUUCGCCUCCUGCUUUGCCUACAUCUCGGACAUUUCCACGGUGCAGCAGCGCACCAUCCGGGUGACCAUUCUGGACGUGGUCUAUCUCACUGCCAUGCCGCUGGGCGUGGCCCUGGGUUCGCACCUCUUCUACAACGUCUUCAAUCAGUCCUACGCGGACAUGUUCACCGUGAACGCCUCGCUGCUCGCCCUGGCCAUCAUCUACACUCUGUGUGCCCUUAAGUGGCAAACGACGCCAAAACAGCGUUCGCUGAGGGAGCUCGGUUGUUGUGGUUUCUGGGGCGACUUCUUCGACAAGCAGCACGUAAGGGACUCGCUGGUGGUUCUGGUGAAGCCACGGAAGGGACAUCGGCGCAGCUUCCUCAUUAUCCUGCUGAUCAGCAUGGCCCUGUACACCUUCCAGCGGGACGAGGGCCAUUACCUGUACAUGUACACCCUCGACAAGUUCGACUGGGAUGUGAGCGCGUACAGCAACUUCAAGACCUUCAAGUCGUCAGCCUACGUGAUUGCCAUGCUGCUGGCGGUGCCGCUAAUGAACAAGAUUCUUGGCUGGAGGGAUACGACCAUUAUUUUCAUUGGCACCUGGGCCCAUUCGAUAGCACGGCUGUUCUUUUAUUUCGCCACCAAUACGGAUCUACUUUACGCCGGAGCCGUGGUUUGCAGUUUGGGACCGAUAGUGGGACCCAUGAUCAGGGCAAUGACCUCGAAAAUCGUGCCCAUAUCGGAGCGAGGAAAGGUUUUUGCGCUUCUCUCGGUUUGCGACAAUGCGGUGCCCUUCAUCAGCGGAGUGUGCUAUUCGCAACUUUAUCAGAAGACCAAAACCAGCAACUACGGAGGAAAUGUUUUUAUGCUAACUAUUGCCACACAAAUAGCUGUUUUCGUGAUGAUACUUUGCAUUCAUGUAGUUUUGGGAAAGAACUCCCUGGCCGUUCCAGAAGUUCCUGAAAAUGAGAGCGGCCUUAUUUGCCAAAAGGAGGAUGCCCUUGUUAUGCCUAACGAGGAGGAUAAAAGUUAGCCUGACUUUUACACUAUACUUUUAUGAUUCCUAAAAAAGACAUGCAACCAUGGAAGGCUGCUAUUACAUUGAAAAUGUUACCAACCAUAAUUAAUUAUAAAAACAAUUAUAUUUUUAUAUGUCAGGCUCUUGACUUAGUCAAUAAAACUGACAUAUCGAACUGUUGCCCUAUUUUUUAGGGUUGGUUUUCCACAUUUAAACAUA